AUGGAUUCUACCUCAUCAAGCUUCCUUUUGAACUCUUCAACUUUGCACUCAGUUUUCUACCAAGACAAACAGGAUGAUGGCAUAAUUGAUCUGGGUCUUAGUCUUGGAACUGUUCAACAUGACGCUUAUCAUUCUUCUGCCAACUUGUAUGAUCAUGACCUUGUGGAUUGGCCUCACUCUAAUCUCAAUCUCAAGAAUUCAAGCACACUGCAUUCUAGAUCUGUCCAUGAAAAUUUUGAUGAAGAUAUAGAGGGGGUCCAGAGCAACGAGAGAUGGGCAUAUGUGAAGGUUAACAUGGAUGGUGUUACCAUUGGAAGGAAAAUUUGUGUGCUUGAUCACGGUGGAUACUCAAGUCUAGCACUCCAAUUAGAAGACAUGUUUGGAAGCCAAUCUCUUUCUGGGUUACGAUUAUUUCAAUCGGGAUCAGAGUACUCAUUGUUCUACAAGGAUAGACAAGAUAAUUGGAAGGUUAGAGUUUAUAGAAUGUGUGAAGCGGUUAAGGAUUGCAAGAAAGAAUGCAGUUUCUUGUUCAUCUAG